UUGUUAGCUUGACGCUGGUCGCCAUCGUCAUCAUCUGUACGCACGGCGGCGACAGGAGCUCCUGAAACGGCAGGGACGGGUAUCCCACCGCUACUCUCUUCAAUGCGAAGAAAAAACAGCCACCGAGUGUAGAAAAUCUUCGGCGACUUCCCCCCACGCAAGCUCCUCUGGAAACUCCGAUGGAUUAGUCUGAAAUUUCUCCGAGAGUAGAGGAUGGGCUGCGUCCAAUGCAAGGAUAAAGAAGCAGCAAAACUCACUGAUGAUCGGGAGACCAGCCUCUCACACAACUCGGGGUACCGCUAUGGGUCCGACCCUACGCCGCAGCACUACCCUAGCUUCGGGGUCACCACCAUCCCCAACUACAACAACUUCCACACCGCCGCCUCACAGGGGGUGACUGUGUUUGGAGGAGUCCACACGUCCUCGCAGUCGGGGACGCUCCGGUCUCGGGGUGGAACAGGAGUGACUCUGUUUGUUGCUCUGUACGACUAUGAAGCUAGGACUGAGGAUGACCUCAGCUUCAGAAAGGGGGAGAGGUUCCAGAUCCUUAACAGCACUGAGGGCGACUGGUGGGAGGCUCGUUCCCUCACUACAGGUGGAACUGGUUACAUUCCCAGCAAUUACGUCGCUCCGGUGGACUCUAUCCAAGCUGAGGACUGGUAUUUUGGAAAAUUAGGCCGAAAGGACGCAGAGAGGCAACUUCUCUCCAACGGCAACGCCAGAGGCACUUUCCUCAUCCGUGAGAGUGAAACAACCAAAGGGGCCUACUCCCUCUCCAUCCAGGACUGGGAUGACAUCAAGGGAGAUCACGUCAAACACUAUAAAAUCCGCAAGCUGGACAGCGGAGGCUACUACAUCACCACCAGGGCCCAGUUUGAGACGCUCCAGCAGCUGGUGCAGCACUACUCUGCCAGGGCUGCAGGGCUGUGCUGCCGCCUGAUCGUGCCAUGCCACAAAGGCAUGCCCCGUCUGACAGACCUGUCUGUCAAAACCAAAGACGUGUGGGAGAUCCCUCGAGAGUCGCUGCAGCUAAUCAAACGUCUCGGCAAUGGCCAGUUUGGAGAGGUCUGGAUGGGCACGUGGAACGGCACCACCAAGGUGGCUGUAAAGACCCUCAAGCCUGGCACCAUGUCGCCGGAGUCGUUCCUGGAGGAGGCUCAGAUCAUGAAGAAGCUCCGACAUGACAAGCUGGUGCAGCUGUAUGCCGUGGUGUCUGAAGAACCCAUUUAUAUCGUCACUGAGUACAUGUGCAAAGGGAGUUUGCUGGACUUCCUGAAAGAUGGAGAAGGACGAAGCCUCAAACUGCCGAAUCUAGUGGACAUGGCGGCUCAGGUGGCAGCAGGCAUGGCGUAUAUUGAGAGGAUGAACUACAUCCACAGAGACCUGCGCUCUGCAAACAUCCUUGUCGGAGAGAGUCUGGUGUGUAAGAUCGCUGACUUUGGUCUGGCCAGGCUCAUCGAGGACAAUGAAUACACAGCAAGACAAGGUGCGAAGUUUCCCAUAAAGUGGACGGCUCCUGAGGCUGCUCUCUAUGGGAAAUUCACCAUCAAGUCUGACGUGUGGUCGUUUGGCAUCCUGCUGACAGAGCUGGUGACGAAGGGCAGAGUGCCGUAUCCAGGCAUGAACAACCGCGAGGUACUGGAGCAGGUGGAGCGAGGCUACCGGAUGCCGUGCCCACAGGACUGCCCCUCAUCCCUGCAUGAGCUGAUGGUUCAGUGCUGGAAGAAAGACCCAGAGGAGAGGCCCACCUUCGAGUACCUGCAGGCCUUUUUGGAGGACUACUUCACUGCCACAGAGCCUCAGUACCAGCCAGGGGACAACCUCUGAGCACCGCUGCCUUCAUCUCAUGUCAUUUCACCGGCUCUCCAUCAGAGGGAGCCAGACUCCACCUCUUCUGUCUCCCUCACCCUGUGGCCGUAAAGAUCAUAAAUGCUCAUGGACUGAUUUUUGAUUUCCAGGCUUCAUUCAUGAAGAGACAGCUGCCUCUCUGACAGGGAACUAUCAAAUGAAGGAUGUUUUGAGGUGGGAGUGGGCGCUGAGAUGACUGAAGACUUAAAAAUGACUGCCAUGGAUGAACCAGACAAGUCGUGUUGUUUAACUUGUAUGUAGUGUAAAUAUAAAUUGCUUGUUUACUUAUCUCUUUUUGUUUCCUUUCUAUUACUUUUGAUAUUUUGGAAAUGUGUGGAUUUUUUUUUAAUCCAAUGUCAAAGUUAUUUCAGAUUUACGGCUCGUAGAAAAACGUGUGCGGCUCACAGUUGGUAACAGAUCGUGACUUAAUAAUUGUAGGAAUGAUAAUAGUUAGACAUCGUGGACCAAAGUAUCUCAGAAGUUUUUCUGGAAGUCCACAGACCUUUUUUACGAGGUUAAUAUAACAAUACUGCUCUCCUCUUCUCAAGGAUCUUAGAUGUACUAUAACACCUGUUCUUGCCUUUUCAUGUUUAGUAAUAUUCUUAUAAUGUAAAGGAAUGCCUUCAUGCUUUCUACACACUAACUUAGUGAAUCAUGGACUCUUCCAGCCAAACUUAAGCGCCAACUGCACUAAUAUUAAGUGCUUUCAUUGCAUUUCAGCUUCAGCCAAUGAGUUUUAGAUCGGCUUAAAGUAACAUUUCCGUUCGCUUUUUGUAGUUGGAAAGGAGGCAGAUAUCCUCUCUGACUGCAGCCAUUGUUUGGCUGACUGCUUAUUAUACUGGCAAUAUUUUAAAAUGUAUGUUGCAUUAUUGUAUGGCAGCAGGCUGUGUAAGAAUUCUGCAUUGUCUUUUUGCUUCAAACAAACAAACUGCCACUCACAUGACGGGAAUGAAGGAUGCGUACCUGUGUUUGUCCCUCCAUAAUGUGUAUAUGGAAAGAACAUGUUGUUUACCAGACCAAACGCUUAUUUUUGUAUUAUUUUUGCUUCAGUUUGGUCAGUCUUAUAUGUCUCUGGGUGAAAUUGUAUCUUCCUCAAGUGUCAAACUUCUCUCUGCUUCUGGUUGAGAAGGUGCAUUCCAAGAUAAUUCUCCAUUUGUGUGUGUUUAAGUUGCAUUUCAAAAGUGUGCAAAAUGUUGUUCUUGCAUCACAUUGUUUUACCCUGAUUCUGUAGAUAUACAGAAACUGUUUAUGGUCUCUGCAUUAUUUAUUGUCUCUGUCUGUUACUUGUACACAUCUGGUUUUGAAAUAAACAACCUUGCCAUCAUCA